GAUGAGACGCAGAGAAGAAAGAGAACACAUUCGCUCUCGCUUGUUCUCGGGCUUGUCGUUUACUUUUUAUCGACACCGUUUAGAGAAGAAUGUGCAACAGAAGUCGAUCAUUUCUGCAGUGAUUAGUGUGUUUCGGUUUACAUAUUUUUGUCGCGGCGAAGUGCAAAAGGACGUAUUUCACUGGUGUGGUUCAUUGAGGGGUAAGGGAGUGUAAGAGCGUCGUUUCGCGUUUCACCGCUGGCGUCAGUCAGAACUUUGACGUAGAAAAUGAACUCGAGUGUGCUCCAGCAAACGGUCAUAGCAGACGACGCGUGGACAUGAAAUGCUAUCAUCAUCAUGCUUUUUCUGGUGAGCGCAUGAAACUAAAUACAUUCAGUUGUAUCGAUAAUUAAAUUCUAAUCCGAUAAUUAAGUGCGUUCCACACACCGCGGUGUUCUUACUCAUAGGCUCGUAACCAUAUUUUUAUUUAACCCAUGCAACGACAUCGCCAUCAUUCUUUCCUUCUUUCCUUCCUCCGUACAUGGCGGCGCGCACAGCGAACGUAAAUAUUGCAGCGUUGAACAUUGAAAAGUGGUGCUCUGUCCGCGGAGACAAUAUUGGGAUCUCCACCAUUUGACGGGACCCUUUGUUUCUUACCGUUAAUGUCGAUUCUCCAAGCCAAUUGGAACCAAAGAACCCCGAGCAGAAGUUCUAGGAGGAAACCGAGACCCCCACGCUUAGAAACCCGAAGAGACAGAGAUCUGCGUGUUUGGGACGUCAAGUUCCAGCCCUCUGGAUUUUCAACCCCGAGAGAUGGAGCUCUCCCUAAAGUUCGGUGGUCAACUCACAAAAGUAAAAUUGGAGCCUCUUGACGCUAGCCUACCAGAACAGGGCCAGCAACAGGAAUGCAACGAGUCUUCAUGGGGAGACAACAAUUACGGGGCAACUCGAGGGAUGGUCCAAAUUAAAGAAGAACCUCGAGAGGAAUCUUCAGACGAAUAUCCGGUCAUUGAAGUGAAGACAGAGCCUUACAACACUGCAAUUUUGGACCAGGUGGGACACAGCCAUGACUCAACGUCAGAAGGAGCAAAAGAAAGCAGCGGUUGGCUUCACGUCAAGGACGAGCUCAGAGGCACCUGCGAUCACGCAUCUUCAGGUCUCUCCUCUUCAAGUGCACAGUUCGAGAUCGGCACAACAACAGUUGAACCACAGUGCACAAACGAUGCACUAGUCAUCACUGACGGUCGACCCACAGAGCAAUCUUCAGACCAGAGCGAGACUCAAGUGGCAAGCAAGUCAUCGACGUUCGGACAUGAGAAAGACAGGCUUUAUAAGUCCAACAUUUGUUUAGCCGCAUGCAUCGACACUGGCCACUUGGAGGUUCAUGUCAAAACUCACAAAACAAAGACACUUACCUGCGACAAGUGUUCCGCGACAUUCCGUCAUGCGUCAACUCUGCGAGUGCACGCAAGACAUUGCACGGGACUAGGCUCGCAGAAGUCGAACGUAAGUGCACCUGCAUGCGCAUCGAGCGCACACGAGUGCAAUCUCAGCCCUGCAGAGUCCAGCCACAGUAUGUGCCUGCAGCGUCGCAAGCGCACACUCGUGGGCAAGAAGAGCUUCAGGUGUGAUCUCUGUGGUUUUGAGUUCAACAAGAGGUACAAGCUGCGCAAUCACAAGAAAGCACACAUGAGUGCGGGGCUAUACCAGUGCACCUUCUGUCCUGCACAGUUCAGGCGAAGCGCGAUGCUGAAGUAUCACAAGCAAAAACAUACAGGCGAGAAGGCCUAUAAGUGUGACCUCUGUCCUGCAGGGUUCAGUCAUAGCUCUAGCCUGUAUGUCCACAAGCGGACACACACGGGCGAGAAGCCCCAUAAGUGCGAUAUCUGUCCUGCAGAGUUCAACAGGAGGCACGACUUGCAGCGUCACAGGAGAACACACAUGGGAGAGAAGCCAUACAAGUGUGACGUCUGCCCUGAGGAGUUCAGCCGCAGCGCGAUGCUGUUGCGCCACAAGUGGACUCACACGGGCGAGAAGCCCCAUAAGUGUGAUCUCUGUCCUGCAGAGUUCAGUCAUAGCUCUAGCCUGUAUGUCCACAAGCGGACACACACGGGCGAGAAGCCCCAUAAGUGCGAUCUCUGUCCUGCAGAGUUCAACAAGAGGUACGACUUACAGCGUCACAGGAGAACACACACGGGAGAGAAGCCAUACAAGUGUGACGUCUGCCCUGCGGAGUUCAGCCGCAGCUCGAUGCUGGUGCGCCACAAGGGGACGCACAUGGGGGACAAGCCCCAUAAGUGUGAUCUCUGUCCUGCAGAGUUCAGUCAUAGCUCUAGCCUGUAUGUCCACAAGCGGACACACACGGGCGAGAAGCCCCAUAAGUGCGAUCUCUGUCCUGCAGAGUUCAACAAGAGGUACGACUUACAGCGUCACAGGAGAACACACACGGGAGAGAAGCCAUACAAGUGUGACGUCUGCCCUGCGGAGUUCAGCCGCAGCUCGAUGCUGUUGCGCCACAAGGGGAUGCACAUGGGGGACAAGCCCCAUAAGUGUGAUCUCUGUCCUGCAGAGUUCAGCGAGAGGGCGGACCUGCGGUCUCACAGGCGAACUCACACGGGAAAGAAGCCAUACAAGUGCAAUGUCUGCGCAUUGGAGUUCAGCCACAUGAAGAGUCUGUCACAUCACAUGCGAGAACACACAGGCGAAAAGCCCUAUAACCCUGUAUCCACACGAGUCAGUUUUCUGCCGGCAGCAAGUCGGGAAGGAGUGAGAGGAUAUCCGACAUAAACGAGGUCACUACGCGUCUGAAAACGCCCACUGAUUCUCUAGCAUUCACACGAGUCAUUUUCCCGGCCGCUGUCAGAUUUCCGAUCCGUUCUGUAUUCGCGAUUGCAUAUCGUCUGUGUCUAGCGUAGGAUGGACCAAUGAAAGAAAAAAACUUAUUGCGCUUGGGCUCCUUGUGGAUGAUUCAGAGUGCAUUCACGUGAGAAACGGGACAGGAUAUGGGCCAAAGAAUGGAUUCCAAAGAAGCGCUAUGGAAUGUAAAACAGUAUUAACCCAAAUCUCCAUGUGGACGACCCAAACGUCUGUCGGAGUAUUUUGAGAAUAGACGCUGUCACAUUCGGUUUUAUUUUCCACUAAUGAAGCGUAUCUCGAUGCUGAGCAUCAAUAUAGGCGCGACAGCGUGCCGACAAGUGAUGGACUGGCGAUGAAGCUGUGGUGUUGAACUACAGGUAGUCAAUAAUUAAAUUAAUUUAUUUUCCUUUCGGUAGGACGAGUAGCUUCCAAUUAUUAUGUUUUUAUACAUGUAUUGGAAACGUGCAUGCGAACGAUUAUGUGUAGUCAACGCCUGUCCAGCGAAAGAAAUAUCCGCGUUUAUAAAAUUCAUGCGUGUAUUCCGUGCCUGUUUCGUCUCACGUAGAGAAAAAGCUUCCUAUGCAACACUACAUUGUAGGUAUCUAUCUAUACAGGGUGUCCCAGCUAAGUGUAUACAGAUUU